CCCUAACCAGCUGAGCAAGGGCAGGGACCGAACCCACAACCUCAUGGUUCCUAUUUGGAUUCGUUAACCACUGCGCCACGACGGGAAGUCCAUAGUUUUUAAAUGCCACUUAUUUUCCCCCUAAAUACAUUCUCUGAUCUUAAGAAAUCUUUAUCUUAUCGCUUAAUAAAACAUAUAGGCAUUAAUUUGUAAGAUGUCCAUCCUCUAUUUCUUCUAUCUUCAUUCUGGAAAAGAAAGGUAAUAUAUGGAAUUGAAUUGGGUGGGGAAAAUGUAUUUAAGGCAGUAUUGAGUUCUUGGGAAAUUUAAUUUUUAAAAAUUGUAAUGUGAGAUUAUAUUUAUUGUUCCUCUGGGACAGAAAGAGCACUCUGAGCUAUCACAUGCUAUAUUAUUAACUCAUUUUAGAAUUUAUCUUCUGGCUGAAUCUUGAGGUAUAUAGUAAGCAUUUCUGAUAGAUUUAGAAAUUGAAAAUGAAAGAAAUUUUCAAGUCAGGCAUCUAAAGAUAUGAUUCACAAAUAGCAUGUAAAUAUGAUAUUAUAAGUGCAUGUAUGUCUAUCAGCAGGCUGUUUCAACCAGUUAUAGUUUACAUAAUGUUUUGAUGCUAUCUUUAUAAACUAGAUCUGCCUUGUCUCCAAGCAACAGGUUCAGUGGGCAGCUCUUUCUAAGGUAUGGCUAAACUGUAAGUAUCUAAAAUGGAACCUUCCCAAAGGCAUUGUUGUUGACACUGGGCAGACCUCAGCAUCUCUUCCUGACCACUCUAUGCAGACUCCCCUUGGAAUACCCUUGGUUCACCAUUACUAGAUCUGUUUCAUGCUCUUUUAUCUCCAGCAUGUCAGGCCCUCUCCAGUUCUUAAACAACUCAAAUCAAGGAAGGCUUGCUGCUGGCCAAAGCAAAGGGCCCCACAAGGCAAAGCCAUCGGAAGUCAGACAUCUGUCAGCUCACACAUCUCAGAAAAAUAGCCCAAAGGCUUGUUUUGAUCCACCUCUUGAAGUGGUUCCCAGCAGGAACACACUCGCAUACAACAGAAGGGCAACUGACCCAGUCCGUCCUGACCUUGCUGGCUUGUUGGUGAAAAACAAGAAUCUUUUAGCUGAGCUAAGAAAUCUUCAAAACAAACUUUUCAUAAAAGAAACUUCAUUGCAAGAAAUGAAGAGUGAGUUAGAAAGUUACAAAGAAAAUAAUGUGCAACAGUCAUUCCAGAUAAUGUCCCUGAAAGAUGAUAUCAAGAACCUAGAGGAACUUAUUGCUUCACUAACCAGAAUUAAAUCUUUGAAAAACACCAAUAUUCAGAGUCUUGAAAGAGGCAACUGGGAUCUAACUGAAAGAAUUACAGAACUAGAAAACCUUCUCAGAGAACAUCUGGUUGAAAGAAAAAAAGCAGAGCUAAAAGCAGACCUUUUGGAGAAAAAGUUAGCAGGGUCUAACAGAUUCACCCCUUAUAUGAGUAUGAAAGGUCAAGAAGAUUCCUUGGAUAGUUUCAUGAUGAAGGAUAAGGAUGAAGCUAUCCUGGCCAAGAACUUUGAGAAAGACACCAUUUUUCACUCUGAAGGAGCAAAAGAUGGGCAGAAAAUUUGGGAUAAAUGUCAACAAGAUUUGAUCCAUAAGGAGAAAGAAGUACCUGAGUUAGACGGACUUCCAUAUUCAUUCAGCUGGGAAACUAAAACUGCACGAUCCCACUAUCAGAAAUUUCUCAGUCAGUUGUCUGCUCUUACCAGCAACAGUGUUGAACCCAUACCAGCCAUGGAGGAAGCUAUGGCAGAGAGCAUUCAGGAACCUGGUGCAAAUGAGCCAUUUUGGAUGUCUAGAACUGAAGGCCUCCAGCAGGAAAUUCAGAUGCUUACUAAGCGACUGGAGAAGCUGUAUCAUCACUGUGAGGAAACUGCUGGAAAAUUACCUGAAGCUGAUGAAAAGUAUAAGGAACAUAAAAGACCCUUGAAACGUCUGGAGGAAAAAUUGCUAUUAAUGACCUUUUUCAAGGAAGAUGCCUAUGGCUUUAGGACUGAAUCAUUUAGAAGGGAAAAGGAAGGAAAGGAAAAGAAUAGGAGGAGGAAGAAUAAGAGCAACUGGUUUAUGCAUAACUUCUUUUUUUCAAUGCGGUUUAUUUCUGUAAAGGAAAGCUCUGGGACUAAGAUUUCCCAGAUAGAUGAGCAUGGCAAGACAUUCAAGUGGCUAGAGAAAGACAACAAGCAAGAAAUAUUGAAUAUUCCGCAGAAUUUGCAGAUUGUUACAACUCAAAGAUUAGAGGAGAAAAUUCAGAAACUUCGGAAACAGCUCAGUGAUUUGAAAUUGUCAAAUAAAAAUAUGAAAAUUCAACUGACAAGAGUAAAUGUCCUUAAAGAUAAAACAAUUGAGAAGCUCAGGCAAUCUUUAUCAAAACUUGAAGCAAUGAAAGGGAAGAAAGUUAUGGAAACAGACUUGAAAAUUACAUUAGACUCUGCUGAGCAAGAGGCAAAACGGGACAAAGAGAGGGCCCAUCAGAUGUUGGAAACCAUCACUCCUGAGCUCUGCACAGCAAAGAGCACACCUGAAGAAGCAUCAGGACAACAAGAGCUUGUUAACUUUCGAGAAACUAUUAUGAAGAUGUUGGGAUUUAACAUGAAAACAGCAGACAAGAAAAUCAUUAAUCACCUAAAGCUUAUUAUACAAGUAUAUGAAGAAUCUGACAAAUCAAAGAUUGCUUCUGAGUGUGAGACUGGACAGGAUAAUGAAUAAAGAAUUUCUGCCAAUAAGAACUCAGCGGAUAGGGACAUUUCCUCCAGCAUGUUGAAUAUGGCUACAUUAUUAAUAAAAUGCAUUG